AUGUUCAAGAGGAAAGUGCCACAAGUGACUUCAGACGAACUUCAACAGACAUAUAACGAUUGCUGUAAUGAAACGAUAAAGAAUUUGACGUCGGAAGAGGACAACGACGUGGAAGAGGCGUUGAAAGGCUGGAAGAGUCUACAUACUACCUUACUCUACAAGUUGGACCUAUUUGAAAAGUCGCUGGCCAAGUGGAGUCCCGAGGACAAAACCAUUUUAGACAAUUUAAAGGGCAUCAGAGACGAAAACGUCAAGCAUUUAAUCAGGGUCCAAUUGAGACUCGAUGAGAAAAACAGGAGACUCAAAAGAGAAGCAGCUGGUGAGUCGGCGCAGAUGUCUUCCCCCAUAGCACCACCAGUGCCUCCUCCUCGAAAUACGGGCAAAAUGAGCUCGGGACUUCGAUCUUCCUCGGGAGGAUCGUCAAAUAACAGGUCGAUGAUGAAAUCGUUACGUCCUUUCACCAACGGCAACAAUCUGAGUCUGAGUUUGAGCCCGAGACCUAUCCAGGCCAAAUUGAAACCACACUCUGUACAACAAGCAUCACAAGCAGCAUCUGUAUCGUGGCAACGACCCGUCACCGCGAGGAAAAAUUCCGACUCUGACAAUUCCCCCAAGAUGGUGAGCAAUAUCACCAGCUAUUUCCUGGAUUUCGACCAAGACACCUACGACACAGCUGCCAAUUGGGAAAAGUCUGGUUCGAGAACGUCGUCGGGAAUUUCAGAGAGCUCCGAUGACCCUAAUUUAAUCGACAUUGACGAAAACAUCUACUCGACACCGCAACACAGCCAUAGUCUAGUCAAGUCUAUGGACGACUUGACCAUCAGGAUGAUUGAUAGUCCCCCCAAGCAGCAGGACCCACCUCCACCACCACUGACACUAACUACAAAUCUGAAUAUGCCGUCGCAUUUGGAACAUGUAUCUAAAAGCAGCAGCGACGUUAGAAACACCAAGCCUAAAUCAACAUAUGUCUACAACAAGCCAAAGCCUAUCAAUCUACAAAAGUUGAUGCAGCAGACAAAGAAACCUGCUGCUGCUGCUGCUGCUGCUUCACCAAGUCCAGCUCAAAGCAGCAAGCCCAAGAUGAACAACAUCACAUAUAACUACGUCAAGGCACCUGUGAAAAAGACACCCUUACGAGCAAAAUCCACAUCAGCCACAACUACUGCUCCUACUACAACAAACGGCAGCAUCGCAACAAGGAGAGCCGCGGUUAAGAAAGAAGAAUCCGAGUCGAUAGCUAGCCCAACCAUGGACGAUCUACUCAGUGCCUAUGAAGAAGCAGAUGUAGAAGCUGCUGCUGCUGCUGCUGCAGAUGCAGAAAUAGGCCGUGAUGGCUCUUUGAGAACCGAGAAGGAACAAGAUGCAUUGAUCGCCUCCAUCAGAGGCAUCGACCCUACAGCAGCCAAACUGAUUCUCAACGACGUGGUCGUGCAUGGAGACGAAGUGUACUGGGACGACAUUGUUGGGCUUGAAAGUGCCAAAAACUCGCUUAAGGAAGCAGUGGUUUACCCCUUUUUGAGACCCGAUUUGUUCAAGGGUUUAAGAGAACCAACGCGAGGCAUGCUUCUUUUCGGGCCACCGGGCACCGGAAAGACCAUGUUGGCACGAGCCGUGGCCACUGAGUCGCAAUCGACUUUUUUCAGCAUCAGCUCAUCUUCUCUAACUUCGAAAUAUUUGGGAGAAUCGGAGAAAUUGGUCAAGGCGCUCUUCUUACUUGCCAAGAAGCUUGCUCCGUCUAUUGUGUUUAUGGAUGAGAUUGACUCCUUGUUGAGCUCGAGAACCGAGGGCGAAGUGGAAAGCACGCGGAGAAUCAAGAAUGAGUUUCUCGUGCAGUGGUCCGAGUUAUCGAGCGCUGCCGCUGGACGAGAAACGAAUAGCGAAGACGUGUCGCGGGUGUUGAUUCUUGGCGCUACAAAUUUGCCUUGGUCUAUCGACGAGGCUGCAAGAAGAAGGUUUGUGAGAAGGCAGUAUAUCCCGUUGCCGGAGGACGAGGCGCGUAAAUCGCAAGUGCAGAAGUUGUUGAAGUAUCAAAAGAAUACGUUGUCGGAUGAAGAUUACGACCGAUUGAUCUUGCUUACGGAGGGGUUCAGUGGCAGUGAUAUGACUGCUCUCGCGAAGGACUCAGCAAUGGGGCCAUUGCGAUCAUUAGGUGACAAGUUGUUGCUGACUCCCAUGGACCAAAUCCGGCCAAUCAAUUUGGAAGACUUUGAGAAUAGUUUGAGGUAUAUCCGGCCGAGUGUUUCAAAGGAAGGCUUACAGGUGUAUGAGGAAUGGGCAGGUAAGUUUGGAUCAAGUGGUGCAUGA